GUCAAAGUUGAACUAAGUAAAAACAUGGUUGAACACGGGGAUAUCCGCGUGGUUCACCGAGGUGGUAAACUAAACUUCAGGGAGCCUGUCAUUACCACUGACUCCAGGUUCCUGUUGUGCGGCUCGGGAUAUGAGGUAAAGGUGUUCAGUACCUCUACAGAGGAGUGCAUUCACGACUUGCGGGCACACACAGACCUGGUCACAGGGGUGCUGCUCAGACCCUCUAACCACCUGCAGGCCUACUCUUGCUCAACAGAUGGCACUGUGAGACUGUGGGACUACACAGACGGUAUUCUCAUUAAGACGUAUGUGAUUGGAUAUCCAAUUUACUCCAUCUACACAUCUGCAAACCACAGUGGAGUCCUCUUUGUGGUUACCCCGACAAGCGACAAAAGAUCUGAGUUCCAGUUGGUUGCAGUGCAUUUACCACAGAGUGGAGAUCAGCUGGUGGAGGCCCGGGAGUUCUCUGCUGUACUCAGUGACGUCAGUUCCAACCCAGCAGCCACAUCCUUCGGCAGAGGGGGGGAGUACAUUGCUUCAGCCAAAGGUUUGCAGUUGGAGGUCUAUUUCUUCAAAAAGCAAAAGCCAUACAGGUUUUUCCUCAAAGAAGACAACAAGAAGGGAGGCAAGAACACAUUCACAUGCUUAGCCUGUCAUCCAAAAGAUGACUGCAUUGCCACUGGACAUGAAGAUGGCAAGAUUCGCUUGUGGAGAAACUUCAAUCACAAGAAGGAGUACACGUACACCACCCUUCACUGGCACCACAGUGCUGUCAGUUCACUGUGCUUCACCCCAGAAGGAACCAACCUGCUGAGCGGUGGCAUAGAGUCAGUGCUCGUCCAGUGGCGAUACAAUCAGGAGAGCCAGCGAGACUUCCUGCCUCGCCUGGGAGCCGCCAUCACACACAUCGCUGUCUCACCUGAUGGAGCUCUGUUCUGCACAUCCCACUCUGACAACAAAAUCACAAUCAUCAGGAGUUCUAUUCAAGUGUCUGCUGUCAUUCAGGGCCUGGUCAAAGGAGACAGUGUGAGGACAGACUUGAUGGUGGAUCCUCGUAGCAAAGCCCUGGUGCUGAACGGGAAACCGGGGCACCUGCAGUUUUACUCACUCCAAAGAGACAAACUCCUGUACAAUCUGGACAUAGUACAGCAGGAGUACAUUCAUCAGUCGGGCCUGGAGCAGUUUGAGGUGGUCAAAGCAGCCUUCGAUGCCUAUGGAAACUGGCUGGCAACAGUGGAAGAAAGGAAACAGAAGCCUACUGAACUGGAGCUGAAUUUGAAACUUUGGGCUUUUGAUGAGCAGACGCAGAGUUUUAUGCUGAACACGACUAUCUCGGCCCCCCACGAGGCCCGGAUUACAGCCAUGUGCUUCUGCCACAGUACCGACAGCCAGACCACCGUGCUGGUCUCCGUCAGCAAGGACGGGCACUUCAAAGCCUGGCAGCUGGCUCCAGCCACCCACACAGAGGAUGAAGGUCCGUCCUGGUCGUGUGAUUUCGUCGGAGCCUAUCACAGCCUGGUACCAGAAUGCUGCUGUUUCUCAGCUGAUGGCUCUCUGCUGGCCGUCAGCUUUCAGGAGGUGGUGACUGUGUGGAGCCCGGCCUCCUGGGAACUCCUGACAACUCUGUCCCAACCGCCAGGAGCCAUCAGGAAUCUUUGUUUUGGGCAACUUACCUGUUCUAAGUAUCUGCUGGGAACCACAGACAAGAACUUGCUCUGCUGCUGGAACCUACUCACUUGCUCUUUGGAGUGGAGUACCUCUAUGGAUGUCAGCCUGCUGCUUUCAGACCCAUUCUCUGAGAACAUGGCUGCCUUCUGCUGUCAGGCUGGAUGCACUGACUUGUUUGUUUUUAAGCCCAGUGAGCCUCGGCCGCUGUUUUCCCAUAAGGCUGUGUGCUUGGGGAAAGUAACUCGGGCCGUUUUUGCGCCAAGGGAGAAGAUGCUGGAGAGCUGUGAGGAGACCAGCCAGUGGCUCAACCACUCUCAGCUGUACUUUGUCACUCAGUACAUGGACCUCUUGACGUUCACCACCAAAGCGGAGGAGGACAGACUGAUGGCCUCUAGCAAACAGCUUGUGAUCAGUGACAGUGUUGCCAUGACACCAUUCUCUGUGUUGCUGGGGAAACGAAGUCAACAGGAGGGUCAAGAAGCAGCGAGCAGCCUCUUAGCUGAGAGAACACAACUGCCACAGGGCUCAGCUGCUGUCAGAGAGCUCCUGCAGACCCCAGCCCACGUCCUGCCCUCCACCUCAUUCCUGUGCUCCAUGUUCGUAGAGUCUCUGCUCAUCUCAGUCACAGACAACAGGGAGGAAAACAAACAAGCAGAGGAGGAAAUGGAGAGUGAGAAAGAGGAAGAGGAUUCGGAGGAGGAAAUGGAAUCUAACAUCCCGAGACCAGAGCAGGCAUCACAAGGGGGAGUGUGGCUGACGGACACCCCCGCUCUGACUAAAACUCAAGCUAGGGAAUUAAGAAGGGUGAAGAAGCUUGACCACAGCUGGUUUACUGGCCUCCUGGACUAACCUCUGACACAUCCAGUACAGCACAGACCUUUAUCACUGUGGACGCCUCAGCUUUUGUCCUUUUGCAACAGCGGAUCAUAGUGGACUUGUUUUUUUGAACAGAAAACCAAACAUACCCAUGUGUAAACAAAUCUUUGCAAUGGAAAGUAUUUGUAUGCAAAAGUGCUGAACACCCUCAAGUCCUUACAUUUGCUAAGUCAUGGCAGCAGUUAGUUUAAAUUGCUGUUAUUAAGUCUAUCAGUUUACAGUUUAGUUUAGUUCACUUAUCUAUAAAAUGACUCAUAAGAACAAUUCAUAUACAAAUACAAGCUGUGGACACAUUGAGCUGCAGCUGAACAUGAACAAUACUCAUUCCUUUGUAGUCUUUGCUUUUGUGAGUUUUUUUUUUUAAAUGAAUAUUUUGCAACAUAUUUAUAAUGUUUUCCAAUUUCCUCUCUGCAUUUGACUGGUGUUCAAUUUUUAUGCUUGCAUAUUUUCAGGUUAUUUGUCCAUUCGUCCCUUUCUUCAGAACACCUAAAGGGGAUUUCUUCAAAUUUGGUGUAAACAUUCACUUAGACUCAAGAUGCUGAAGUAUGUUAAAGGUUGAGUGCGUGUUGUAUUUAGUGACACCUAAUAGUGAAGUUAAUAAUGCACACUAUGGAAUACUCCUCAAUUCACCCUCCUUUAUGCUUUCUGCAAAUAAUAUGGAAGACUUUGUCUGAAGUCUGUGUUUGUUUUGUCAGUUAUGGGAUCUUCAGUUAGGGGGAUUUUGACUUUGCCCUGAAUCCAAAAUAGCAGGUGAUAAUGGUGGUAUUGCCCAUCAUUGUAAAAGAAAAAGGUCUGUUCUGACUUACUGCAGAAGGGUAAUGCAAACACAGUUGUAAAUUAU